GACAAUAUGAACAGAUCAAACAGAUCACAAUAUAAAACUGUGACUCGGGCAUUUGUUGCAGAAAUAUUUUGACGGGGUGUAUUUAUCAGAAUACUGAACCGGCCGGCUCCAGGAUCGUCCUAUAACUAUAUAUAAAGGAAAAAAAAAAUUCGGGAUAGUUUAGACUCUUCCGGGAGCGUCAGGCGGCUUAGCAGGAGCGGUCACGUGCAAUAACAUUGCGUAAUUUCCGCUAGCCUGAUCUCUCGCUAUAUAUUUUUAAUUCUCGACACUUAAACUCUAUUAGUUGAAUAUCCAUAUUCACACAAGUCUACACACCAAUAACAAACCAAAGUAAACCCGCAAUCUUUUCGAGACGCAGAGGUCUGCCUCACUGCGCAUGCGCGGUCCAGGCUGCAACGUCGUUCUUGUUUGCAAACAAAACUCCGUGCGUGGAUGUGUGAGACGCAGCUGCUGUCAUGGCAGAAAACAACGACAGCGAAAUCAUCGAGCAUCAUGACGACGAAGCGAUGGAGAAGAUGAACAGACCGAGAAAUGAUUCUCAUUCGUUUAUGGGGAGCGUCACGGCUUCAGAGAGAGAUGGAUACAGCAGCACACAGUCCUCACACCGCCUGCUGGCUUACAGUGAUGCUCUCAUCUCCAUCAUCGCCACUGUCAUGAUAUUACCUGUUGCCCAUACAAAAUUUCAAGACAAUGAGGAACUGACGGAAAGCCUUCAGUCGCUCCUAACCAGUAAGAUUGCGGUGUACCUGAUGACAUUUCUGAUAGUGACAGUUGCUUGGGCAGCACAUAUAAGACUGUUUCAGGUCAUUGAACGCAUCGAUGACACACUUGCACUUCUUAAUUUAGCUUGUAUGAUGCUGAUCACUUUUCUACCAUACACAUUUUCCCUGAUGGCAGCUUUCCCAAAUAACACCCUUGGCAUUCUGCUCUUUUGUGCCUGCGUCAUUAUAAUCGGUCUCAUUCAGGCGGUUAUUGUCUUGUAUGGGUUCAGCCAUCCUUUCCUCCUAAAUGAGCACAUCCAGCUGUCGGAAAAUCAGUCCUAUUACAGACGCCAUAUUCUUGAAGUUAUAGUGAGAGUGCCUAUAAUGUGUUUCUUCGCCGGCAUCUUUGCGUUCAUCUAUGUUAAACUGUCGUAUGUACUCCUGGCUCUUGUCAUAUUCAUUCCCUAUAUAUCUCAGUCUAUGAAAUGGAUUUGGACUAAAGCCAUUGGUACUCAGGUGGAGGAGACUCCAGACUCCAUGCUUUUUUAUACGUACUACCCCAGUGAACCACUGAGCAAGGAGCGAGUAGAGGCUUUCAGUGAUGGCGUUUAUGCCAUUGUAGCCACUCUUCUCAUCUUAGAUAUAUGUGAGGACAACGUGCCUGACCCAUCUGUUGUGAAGAAGCAGUUUGACAACAGCCUCAUCUCUGCUCUCCAGGAGUAUGGCCCCGAGUACCUGGCUUACUUUGGCUCCUUUGCCACAGUGGGCCUAUUGUGGUUUGUGCACCAUUCGCUCUUCCUGCAUGUGACUCGCGCAACACGUUUAAUGGGUCUCUUCAACACUUUCUCCCUAGCUUUUGUCGGUGGCCUGCCACUAGCCUACCAGCUAACACAUGAAUUUCCUCGCGGCUCUCAAAACGAGCUUGAGGCCAUCCAGAUCAGCUGCGUCAUCAUUUUCUUCGCCGGCCUCUUUCAGCUGGCCAUGUGGGUUACAGCACUCUUCACAGAGCGCGAGACGCUCCACCCGUACGUUCAUCACGGAGGCCGAGAGCACGCCUUCAUGCUCGCCAAGCUCUUGCUCUACCCCUGUGUGGCGCUUGGGACAUUUUUCUCUACAUGUAUCCUCAGCCGCUUUAGCUCACCCAUCUUCCACCUGAUGCAGAUCGCAAUUCCGUUUGCGUUCCUGCUGCUGAGGUUGAUGGUGCAAGUGGUGCUGGCCGUGCUGAGGUGGCUGUUUUGUCCAAAGACAACUAAUGGAAGAAGUGCAUUGUUGGAAGAGGACGAAGCUCGCGUGCCUUUUACAGACAUUGUCACCUAGCAGGACGUGGUUGACCCAUGGUAAAAUCCAGCAAGGUCUCUGGGCCUGUUUUCACAAAGGAUUCCUCCCUGAACUUUUGCAAUCUGAUAUGUAAUUGUUUGCUGCAAAGUGCGUUUGGAGGAAUUUGCGACAACAGUAACCUGCCACUCUGUAACUACACACCAUCGGCUAGCAGUCAGUUAAUAGUAAUGUGAUUUGUGGGCUUUGUACUUUAAAUCAUUUAAUAAUUUUGAAAGAAUGCAUAGGAACUAAGCUAAAUUUUAUUCUAAGAAUGAAUGCCACUGCUAAAUCCAUCCUAGAUUUAAUGCUGUAACUUUUUUUUUUUUAUACAAGCUGGAUCAGGUAAAGUCUCACUGAAUAGCAUGAUGAAAUCUGAGGUCUAGGAGCAUUGUGUUAAACUCGUUUAAUCGUUUAGACUCGUAAGCUUGUAUCUUGUAAGUACUUAAGGCAAAAUGAAAAUACAGGUGAAAUAUGUCUAAAAUAACAAAAUCGUCUCCUGCAUAACUGUAUAGUGGGACUGUCGUUUCAUAAAAAAACAAAAACACACAUUAAUUUAGCAUCUCUCUAAAGUAGAAUAUAAUUUGGUUUGAGGAAAUGUAACCACAGACCAGAAGCUCAGGACCAACUGGUUAUACAAAGCACUAACUUUGUAUAACUGGAAUGAUGGCACAGAUCUGGCCCACAUGUGGUUGCCAGAACUCAGCCGGUUUUACAGCCAUUUCAACUUAAUUUUUGCUGUAAUGGCAAUUGUAAAUUUUAAAAUGAAUCCAUUUGUGCGUACGUGUACAGGGAAGUGGUACAGUUACUGAAACUGCUGCUGAGACGAGUAGCACUGAGCUACAAUAUAGUUGAAUUUGUUCACUGUAAGAGAUUAUGAAUAAGGUGGAGCUCUUCAAGCUACGUUUCUGUUAUUUCCUUAUGUUUUGGAUGGUCUCUUUAUUGGCGGAUACACCCACAUUUUAUUUUUCAUUUCUUGGAAUUGUAAUGUCUCUUGAUACAUGUGAAUGUUUUUCACCCAGAGAUCACAGGGGUGCAAUCAUUUACACUCAGACUUGUUGUCUGCAAGCAUUUGUGUUGUUUAAUCCAUAUUAUUGUAUAAUGAAAUACAGUUGCAAUCAAAAUUAUUCAAACCAGGUUAUUUCAUGUAUUUUCUGCCCCUAGCCAGUUCAGGUAUUUCAUGUGUUCCAGCUCAAGCACACCUGGUGCAACUAAUGAAGCCCUGCAUCAGGUGUGCUUGAGACAACACCUGUUUUGCAUAUUUGUGCUGUUGUGAGGGAUUCUGUUCGUUGGGUCGAAUAAUCUAGAAACUGGAGAAAUCAUUAUAAGUUGCAUUAUCGGUUGAAUUGGGGGAAACAUUCGUUGCGUUGAACUAUUUCAACUGCUUUUGUUUGAUUUGUUCAUUGCAAACAGCUGAAAGUCUUGAUUUUGCAAUGGGGGUUGAAUAAUUUUGAUUGCAACUACACAUAUAAUUAAUGGAAAAACUCUAGUAAAACUCCUCAAACCUCAUGACUUGUCAGUAAUCAUAUACUUAUUCACAGUUAUUCACAUUUAAUGUGGAAGUCGUCAUGCAGAAUGGUAUUCAUUUUGUUUAUUCUGCUGCCAUUUUAACUCCACCUGAGGAGGUGCUGUGGGAGAAUGAGUUAUUCUGGCCAUCUUGCUUAGGGCUAAAUGAUAAAGGUGACUGCAUCAGUCCAGGUAACGCAACUCUUCUCACAGUCUGAGGACUGAAAUCAUAAUCACGAAGCAUUUCAGACAUACAGUGCUUCAGGAAAACAUUUAAACCUCCUGAGCCACUAUCUCUUCUGGAAACAACAACUGGCUAAAAUACGCAGAUAUUUUUAAGUAAAUGUGCUGCUUCUAUUCAAAUCCCCAGCAGCGUUUUACAUGACAAAGGACAAAAUAGGAUAUUUAUGUUAAAACCCAUUAAGAAACUAAUUUACUCGAAAGCCAUGAGAAAUACUACAAGACUAAAGAUACCAAGUUAAUCAAGUUUUUAAUCUGGAUUUAACGUGUAUUCACGUGUGGUUCUGUGUUCUUACUUUUUCUGUUCUUUGAGUAUUGUUGUUGGACAGAUGUUGAGUGAAUCAGUCAGAUCAGAAACCAGAUGUAAGCAGGGGAAAAUGUAAGGUUUUUAUUUGUUCUAAAAUCAUAUUCACGUAAUAAUAAUAAUCAUCAUAAUAAUUAUUAUUAUUUUAGAACUUGCCCCCAACACAUUUUUGUUCAUGUAUCCAUGGUAACUGUUAAAUAUUUCCUGUUUAAAACCUUUAGAUUUAUGUUAAAAAAUAAACUGUAAAUCAAACCCAUAAAUAAUUAUUAAAACAAAAGUACAACAUGAGCCCAACUUUUUGGUACAAAGCAUAAACAUUAUAAUAUCAUAACAUAUGACAAUAAUGAGAGUGUCUGAAGCCUGAUUGUUGUUAAUCAGUGUAAGCUGGAACAGCAUUGUAUCUUGAACAACAAUGUUGACCGUGCAGUAAUUCAGAAUUCUGGUAGCAUCACUUGCUUUUGAAGCUACAGACACCUGGUCUAGAGGUGUAUUAUCUUUUUUUGGCCUGAACUGG